AUGGCUCCGUCUGUCGACUCCAACGCCACCCUCGCCGUGCCUGGCAUUGCUGCUGGGCCCCCGCCGGCCAAGAGCAUUCGCAGGCAGCCGUCGGCCUCGCGCAUCACGGUCUCGACCAAGCCCCAGCACCCGCAGCCUGCGGACGACGACGCCAUCGUGGUCGGCUCGAGCACCGCGACCGCCUCGCCGCCUUCACCUGCCUCACCCACCGCCGCUGAGGUCUCGCCGAAGAAGCCGCGCCAGAGGAAGCUGGCACGGAGGCGGCGCGGGCCGGCGGCUGCGACCGAGAGCGAGUCCGGAUCCGGAUCUGAAUCCGACACCGGUGGCAGCGAUGCCGGGGCCGCAGCCUCGAGCUCCUCGCUCAGCCAGGCGUCCGGUUCCGACUCGGACGCGGACGAUAGCGACGACGACACCGACGACGAGCAAGACGAGGAGGACAUCGACGACGACGAAGGUGCUGGCGGCGCCGGCCUCCUUGACGGUGCUGCAGCCGGUCUCUCGAAAGAUGAGCCCGAGGUGGAAUCGGCCAAGGCGGCUGCUCUCGACUAUAAGCAGUGGUCGACCCUCGCCGAAGAGGAGCUACCGACUGUGCUCGCGAGCGCGCAGCCAGGACCCGCGUCGUCAACCUCUUCGGAUCAUCUCGGAGACAGGCAGGCUGCCGGUGCGUCGAACGCCCGAGGCGGUCGAGGGGGCAGGGGCGGCCUCAGAGGUCGAGGUCGGGGCGCCGCUUACGGGGCCCACGUCGCCAGCGCCGUCGCCUACCGCGAAAAGCUGGAAAAGGAUCCGUCGUUCACGCCUCGCGUCGGCCAGUUCUGGGGCCACGACGAGCGGCUCUUCGAUCAGGACCUGCGCGGCCUCAGCGGAUGGUGGCGCGGCCGAGGCGGUGCGGCGGCAGCCAACCCGGCUACACGCGGCCGAGGCAAGUUCCGCGGUGGCAGGGGCGGCGCCGCGUUCCCCGGUGCGGGCGGACAUGCGCACGGUCAUGAGCUCGCAGUCCGGGGCGGUGGCGGCACAGGCGCAAGAGGCAGGGGCAGGGGCGCGCCCCGCGGCGGAGCUGCUGCGAGCGUUACGGGUCCCAGGCAUGGCAUGACCGCGGCACAUCCUGGCCCAGCGUCGCCACCGCCGAGAAAGUCGAAGCUCGCAGGCUGGGACGACGACGAGUCCGAAGUCGACGACGAUGCGCUGCACGGAAAGAGCGUCAGGAGGGUCCCGGCGGCGGCGCAGCCCAUCUACGCGCACAUGGGCCCGCGCCAUCCGGCAGCAGCGGCAGCCCAGGCGGCCGUCGACGCCAAGCACGACUUUGACGGCGUUCCCACGGGACCUCGCGCAGACCUCGAGGUGGCGGACGCGAUCCCGCACAGGGAAUGGGACGCCGACAACCUCGCCAGCGACGGCAAGAUCGGUGCCUGGAAGGCGUCGCUGGACGAGACACAGAUGUCGCCCUCGGAAGCGCCGCAGAAGCCGGACUCGGCCGUCGAGCUCUCCUCGUCCACGAGCAACGGGGCCGAUGGCAUCUCCGCUUCGGAAAGAGACAAUCAGCUGAGCGCGGGCAAGCCGGUCAGCACCGCAGCAGGUCCCGAACACCUGGAGACGCCCAAGCCAGCGGCGUCGGUUCCGCCUCAGCUCCCUUCUUCGGGCUUCGGCAGGAACCCUGGCGCCGCGGGCGUGGGUCAAUGGACGCACGACGGCUUCGAGGCGCUCCAGCAGGCAGAGGCCCGCCCCGUUGGCCUUUCAGCCCGUGGUACCGCUGCAGCCGGCGCCGGCGCCGUUCGCGGGGGCAGCAUGCGCGGCGCGGGCAUAUCGCGCGGGUUCGGUCGCGGCCGUGGCGGUGUCGCGGCUCACGGGUUCCGAGGACGGGGUGGCUUUGCGCAGCCCGCCUUCGUCUACGGACGAGGCGCCCAUGGCUUCGUCAGGGGUGGUGCCAGAGGCGGCGCGGGCUUUGUCGGCGCGGGCAUGACUCGAUCGACGCCAAACUCCGGAGCUGGACCUCAUCCGGGCGAAGCGCCAACGAAUGUCGGAUCCAACAGAGCGGACGCCGCGCAAAACGAGCGGGACAGCGAAAGGCUGACCGCGCUGGUCAAAGGCCUCGCCAUGACCGAGCACAAGAACCCGGCGCAUCGCGAGCCGACCGCGCAAGCACCUGUUCCGGUCAAGGUCAACCUGCCGCGCACGCGCAGUCAGGAGGGGGAGCCGCCUACGCAGGACGCUGCACAGGCCACUGCCUCGCCCUCUCAGCAAGCAGGCGGCACGGUGGAUGAGACGCUCCACAGAACCACGGCAUCGAUCACGACCGCCUCUGCUGCGGUGCCCGCUUUUCGGCCUGGAUCGGCCCUCCAGGCCAACGCCUCGGGCGCCCGAGCCGGCAAGGUCGGCAGCGUCAGCACCCUCCCCGUCAAUGCGGCCAAGGCACCUGCCUUCCGUCCCGGCAGUGCUGCGAGCGGCCGUGUUUCGACGCCUGCCGAUGACCGCAUCGUGCCUUCGCCCGAGCUUUAUCUCCAUGGCGACAGCUACCGCGGCGGCGCCGAGUACACGCCACCGCUGUCUGCCGACAUGGGCGGCUACGGCCUCGCACCGGCCGGCUACGAGAGCGGCGGCGCCGUCUACUACAACGACCACCACGGCCACGGUGGUGCCGGCGGCUUCCGUUACGGCGGACCACCGCCGCCGCCGUUGCCCUCGGGCUACCCGAUGGACCAGCCCAUGUACUCGCCGAGGUACGGCGCUGUGUCCGGCGGCGAGAUGGACGGGUACGGCUAUCCGUCCGAGAGCGCCCAUCUCGGUCAUCACGGUGGCGUCCGAGGCACGGGCGCACACUCACCCGCUGGUGGCUACUACCAGCCGGUGAUGAUGCAUCCGACGGGCUCGGGCGACGGUGUCGGCACGCCGACGUACGACUACGUGGCGACGCCGCCCUUCAUGACCUACGCGCUGCCGCCGGCGGACCACUACCCCGGCUACUAUACCCCCCCGCCUCCGCCGCAUGGCCCUCACGUCGCCAGCACGCUUCCACCUCCGCCGCCGGACGCAGCGUACGCCUUCCAGCCCGCGCAGGCCUUCUAUCACCACGAGCCGCACCUGGCCCCGCACCAGGGUGUCGAACCCGGCUUGGCUUCCUACGCCAUGCAGAGCUCCGGCUCCGGCUCUGGCGAGUUUGAUCCGUACGCACACCAGCCGACCCACGUCGGGGCCCAGUGA